CGUGGACGAUAUAACGUCCCACGCUUGGCAAGUGACCACCCAAUUCCGGUCGAUCGAUGGUCACGCUAGCCUUUGCCAAAACCAACUGCACAGCCCACAGGGACGCCCUCUUCAGCUACAAGUACCUCAGGACCCACCGCACCGGCAGUCUCAAGCUGAUCCGGUGCUUUCCCCACUGCUGCCCGAGCCAUUCGUACGGCAACUUUUGCUCGACGUCCAUCGAUCUCAAACUGGGGGGAGUCGCCCCUCUCCAGGAUGUGUAUGCAUUUGCGCGGUUCCAAGAAGCCAAUAUGCGCGUGUAUCAGGUGGGGGAUGUAUUCGAUGCGCAGCUUAUUCUGGGGAGCUGCCGAUCUCUGCAAAACCCCAAGGGCGAGUGGAUGCCCAGUCAGUCGUCGUAUCACAACGAGACGAGUCAAGAGAUGGUGUUUCAACUCAACCACAACAACAACCUGGGCUGGCACUAUGGGUGGGUUGGAUCGUCCAACCAAGUGCACCGCGCAUGUUUGCAUCAUUUGGUGGGCUACGUCGUCGAGUACGCAGCUACCGAUCCAACCAAGUUCCGAGUCGUUCAAUCAACUUCGUCGCCCCCGUUCAUCGUCAUGUCGUAUCGCAGGGCGUGCUAUGUCUGCCAGAAGCACCGCCUCCAGCAAGACCGACUGGCGCCUCCAGCGACCCCGUUGGAGUGCGCGUGCGAAGGCGAGUUCAACAACACUCGGCACUUAUCUGUGGUGAAUACUCCCCUUCCUCUUGCGAAACCCCUCUUGCAUGGAUUGGACGAUCCAGUGGCGAUGGAGCGGCACUUGAGCGUGUUUUUAACGUUUCUGUCGACGCCAUCCGUCCAUUUCUUCUCGCGGCAGCUGCCCAACCUCCACGACCGCGUCGUGCACCGGCUGCUGCAGCCCAUGGUGGAAACUCUGUCGCAGAACCACCAACGACCACCCAUCUCCGUGCCCAUGUCCGUCGUGCGCAGUGGCGUGGUCUCGAUGGUGUCGACCUGCGACGACGUCGAGUCGCUGAAAUCGUUUUGCUUCGACUUGGCGCUGUCGAGUUUAACGUUGGCGUCGCUGCACCAACACGUUGCGUUUUUCUCGACGAAUGCCGGCCACUUAUUGGACCGCGAUGCGCUUUACGAUGCGUUUGUCCAAUGGAUUCAAUGGAGCCACCGGAUUUUGACCAAUCAAUUGGCGCCGUUCAACAUGACCCUGCCCCAGCUCACCAAAUCGAUCAUGCAAUCAGCGGCCCAGUUACGCGAACUCAACCCAAUCAACGAGUGCCUCCGGCGACUCGACCAAUCCACGGGUGACCACAACUCGCCUGGCUUCGACUACUUUGUGGCCCAGCUGCGAGAAGUGUACAUGGCAAAAAACUCGCCAGCAGCCUUUCCAAGCCCCAUCGCAUCUACCACGUCAAACUUGAACGGAAGGUGGAUGUACGACAGCACGAAUUCAGUGACCUACGAGGAUGCCACGUCACCAGAACUUGAUUUUUCGCUCACGACGUUCCUGCGGUGCUUGACCAUGGGGUAUUCGUUCCAGCUGCGCCUUGUAAACCACGUGCUUCAAAUCAAGUCGGACUUAUCUGCGUUCGACACGGUCUGGUCCGAGUUUCUGCUGGACUCGACGCCGAGGGUGUUUCGGGUGUUCCCUAACGGAGAAAGCAGCAUGACCCACCUCUCGGGCUUCCUGCAUGGCGAUUACAUUGGCCGAGAACCAGCGGCCGACACCUCCAUAUACCUGGACUUUUUCAGCUGGCCGUUACUUGACCAUCAAGUUAACCGCGUUACGAUUUUGCUGCACCUGACCCAGGAAUCGCACUUGGUCGUGGCGGUUACGGUGGCAAGUGCCAGCUUAGACCAAGGGGGCCCCGAUGACGUGGCGACGCUGUCGGCCCCCGACCGGUGUGCCAGUUAUAACUCGGAGAAAGAAGUUGCACGUGCAAAUGUGAGCUUUCUGUACAGACGGCCCGAGUAGUAAUUAAUAGUUAGUGCGUUGAUUAAACCGUGUGUUGGGCACGGGAGUAAUAACGUUGGUCGAUUAGUGUGA